UUUUUUUUGAACGAUUGAACGAACGAGAGUUCAGCUAUAUAUAUACAUAUUAUAUAUAUAAACACACAGACUAUAUAUAUAGAUCAAACCCAGAAAGGAGAAGAGAGAGAAAGAGGUAUAGAGAGAGAUGGGAAUGGCGAGAGAUGAGAAAGAGGAAGAAGAAGAAGAAGAAGGAGUAGCAAUGGCCACCGACUUUUUCUGGUCUUACACUGAUGAACCCCAUGCUUCUAGACGCCGUCAGAUUCUCUCCAAAUACCCUCAAAUCAAAGACCUUUUUGGUCCUGAUCCCUUUGCUUUACUCAAGAUUGGUGUGGUUGUUCUGCUUCAGCUUUGUACAGCAAUCUCCCUCAACAAUGCAGGAUGGCUAAAGAUACUUGCAAUCGCCUACUUCUUCGGUUCAUUUCUCAACCACAACCUAUUCUUAGCAAUCCACGAGCUCAGUCACAAUCUCGCCUUCUCAACUCCCGUCUACAAUCGCUGGCUAGGCAUUUUCGCCAACCUUCCAAUUGGGGUUCCCAUGUCAGUCACCUUCCAAAAGUACCACCUCGAACACCAUCGAUUCCAAGGAGUAGAUGGCAUUGACAUGGACAUCCCAAGUCAAACCGAAGCACACUUAGUCACCAAUGUAAUAGCUAAAUCCAUCUGGGUUCUCUUACAACUCUUCUUCUACGCGUUUAGACCACUCUUUCUCAAACCGAAACCACCUGGCUUAUGGGAAUUCAUUAACUUCUCAAUCCAAAUAGCUCUUGAUGUUGCCAUGGUUUAUUUUCGGGGAUGGAAAUCGUUGGCUUAUCUGAUCUUAUCCACAUUUGUUGGAGGUGGAAUGCACCCUAUGGCUGGUCACUUCAUCUCAGAGCAUUAUGUAUUCAAUCCUAAACAAGAGACAUAUUCUUAUUAUGGUCCACUGAAUCUUCUGACAUGGAGUGUUGGAUACCAUAAUGAACACCAUGAUUUUCCAAGGAUUCCUGGUAACAAACUCCAUAAGGUGAAGGAGAUUGCAUCAGAGUACUAUGAUGGUUUAGACUCAUAUAAAUCUUGGAGCCAAGUUAUAUAUAUGUAUGUUAUGGAUCAUACAGUUGGACCCUUUAGCAGAAUGAAAAGGAAAGCAAAGAAUUCUGAGUAGGUUUGGUUUAGUAUUUACUUUCUUUCUCUCUUUGAUUGUUUCUCCUUUUGUUUUGGUUGAUUAUAUUUACAUAUAAAUAUGAGUUAUUUUCUAAUAUGAGCUUUUUAUUUUCAUAAAGAUCUGAUUUUUAUUGUAAUAUUCUUUGAAAUAGUUGAUUUUUUUUAUUGUAAUA